UUGAAUUAUUAUUCAACAAAUAUUUAAAUUAGGGUUCUACGUAAGAAGAGUUAAGGUCGACGAAAGCGAGUUUUGAUUUUACACAGUUGUCCGGAUUCAGUCGGUGACGAGCGGUCGACGAGUUCGCACGCGUUUGUCUGUUUGUUAUCGUGAUCAUUUUUUCUUUGAUCUACGAAAGACACGAACAUUUCUAAUAUCCCAUUUUGAGGAAUCGAAGUCCAGAAUCGAAAACACGUCGUUAUCUAAUCCUUGUUGAACAUCGAUCAAUAUAUAGACUUUCUUAAUCAAUCGUAAUCGAAUCAAAUUUUCUUUGAUUUACGUUGCGUAAUUCUAAAUUAACGUGUAACAAGCAAGAAGAAUGAAUUUAACAAAGUGUUUGACAAUAUCAAAAUAGCUAUAGUAACACUGCGUGACAGAAGGAGCAACAGUUUUAUUUUUUCUUUAUGCAACGUUCUUUGCUGAAAAUUGACACUGCGUAGUCAGUAACUAAAUUUAUUGUAAAAUUGUUAGUCAUCAGAGAAUGCCUUCACAACUAAGCAAAUUCAUCGAUAUAUCCUGUAAGGAAUAUGCACAUCCUUGGGGAGAUUCCUGUGUGAAUACAGCCGCCGGUCUUGGCUUAGAUGCUCUUCAAGAAUGCCUAAGGAUAUAUUCCACAGUUUAUAUAGUUGCACUUUUAUUAAAAGGAAAGAAACCAUCUAAAGGAGAUAUUAAAAAAACGAUAUUGGGUUUUUUACAGUCAACAGCUUUCCUCUCAUGGAGUGCUUUUUCCUAUUCUAUGUUCAUUUGCCUUUUAAGACGAAUACUUGGAAACUUCAACUUCCUGACUAUAUCAUUUUUUCCAUCAUUUCUAUCUAGUUUGUCUGCUAUUAUUAUUGAGAGGCCAUCAAGGCGUACUUUAUUGAGUUUAUAUGUAUCUAAUAUUGCGACAGAAACAUUAUUUAGAAUGGGGGUAGCAAGGGGAUAUUAUUCUCCCAUUUCACAAGGUGGAACAUAUAUUUUUGCUACAAGUUUAGCAUUAUUGCUUUAUUUUUAUCGUACUAAACCAAAUAACCAAGAUUCUAUAUAUAAAAUACUUAGAAUCAUUGUUGGAAAAUAUGAAGGGACUGAUUAUCCUAAAGAGAAAAACGAAUUACACUAUGAAAUGCAAUUAUGCUGUUCUAAUGAAGAUAAUAGUGGUAAUUCCGUAGACAAGCAUGAUGUAAAUAAAUCUCAUAAAAAAAAUGUUAAUAUAUUUAUGAAAUCCCUUGAGACAUACAAAAAACUUACAGAAACAUUAAAGCAUAAAGAUAAACAUAUUUCCUGCCCACAUCCAUUUAGUUGUAUUAUUGGUUUAACAUUUAUGUUUUAUAGUAGUAAUACAAUAACUUUAUAUUUUAUGUGGAAAGCAUUGCAGUUGUUAUGGAAUGAUCUUGUGGAAAAAAAGAUAGUACCUGAAGUAAAAUGGUUUCAAAUCUUCUUAUAUUGCUUUAGUACAGCAGUACUCUUCCAUGUAUCAAUCUUUGAACCACAUCUCUUAAGGUCUUCCUAUUGGAAAUUUUUGUAUACUAUCUCUGGAGGAAGGGUAGCAAUAAUGUCUCGAGUACCAUUAGACAUAUAUGGUUUAGAAACAUCUAAGCAUCUUGCAGAUGUAUGUAGAAAAACUAAUACUUCCACUAAGAAAACUUUUUCAUUUUAAUUUAAUAACACAAGAAUGAAGUAGAAUUUAUUGAACUUUGUUCUUUUGAACGUAUUUGUUAUUUACACGAAGUAUCGAAGAACUGAUGGUACGAUUCGGAAAGUUUGUUUCUGUUUAAAAAAAAAUAAAAGGAGCUACAUAAAAGAGACUUCCUCCUCAAGGAAACUGGGUUUGAAUGUUCGUUGAGUACGCGUGCACUCAUGUAAGGUCGCGGAUUCACGAACGGCACCAUGAGGUAAGGGGAAUGCUUCUUACCUAAAGAAAAGAAAAAGGGAGGAGGGGAAAUAACGCGUAUCGUACACCAGUGCUGUUUGUAUUCUUCCGGAGUUUAGGGACCUUUUCGCACUGUAUAUAUCUUUAUAUUAUAGUAUAAAAUGCUGGCUGAUAUCACAUUACACAUGAAAAAUAUAUAGUAUUAAACACGAUUUCUUUACCAUUUCCACGUAGAAAGAAACAAAAUUGUAUUUAAGAGUCUUCAUCGAUGAACAGUAUUGCUGUAGGCGGAGUCAAUUGUACUUCCCUUACUUUGUGAUACUCCUCGGAUGCUUGAAACUAUAUUUUAAUAUAUGUGUACAUAACGAAUAUUUAUAUUGAACUUUCUUAACACGAAAAAGUAUAAAUGAUAAGAAAUAAUGUCAUAAGAAAUGUCUUGAAAAGAGUGAGUUCGAAUAUUUACUGAGUACACAUGCACUUAUGCGAUCUCGAUGUUGCAGGGGUAUUGUGACGCAAGGGGAAUACUUUGACUCCGCCUAUUGUACUCGUAUGCACUCAUCGGUACGGAAUGAGAAACCUUCCCCUGACCCCAUAAUACUCCGGGAAUAUCUAUCACUCAGCUCGAGUGCACGCGUACCGAACAAGUACAUUGUCGAUCUAUAUUUUUAUGCAAAAAUAUGCUCUUUUGAGAUGUACCACUAAUUUCAGAAUAUCAUGUAUACAUUUGAAGUAUGUAUUAAUAAGAAGCGUCUAUUAAUAAAAUAACUACCAAAGA